GCAUGAAAGGUUCUGGCAUCGGAAUGCGGCUGCUGGCCGUUGCUGUCAUAUCACUGACUCUGAUAGCCACUUCGGACUGUGCCGGUUAUCGUCUCAGCAACAACGUAUGGCCAUCGUUCUACAACUUAACCAUUAAUAUACAAGGCGAUACCACAAAUCCGGGCAGCACAUUCGAUGGAGAAGUCGCAAUAACUUUGCAGACAAAUCAGAGCAACUUACAGGAAAUUACACUCCACAAAGAUGCGCUAGACAUCUCAAGCUGUUCGCUCUAUAACCAGAAUGGUCUCUUACAACAGAGUGUGGCAACGACUUCCCUGAUAUUUGACCAAGAGACACAACAGCUGACAGUGCCGCUGUCUCAGGCGCUGACUGCGAACGUGAACUACACGUUGCACUUUCAGUUCACAGGGACUGUAAGAACUGAUUUGGUUGGCUUAUUCUCGGCCAGCUAUGUGGAGCCAGAGAGUGGCAAGACCAAAUGGGUUCUGCUGACUCAGAUGCAGCGCAUCAAUGCCCGGCUUGUGUUUCCCUGCUUCGAUGAGCCAGCCCUUAAGGCACAGUUUGAAGUACACAUUGGGCGACCAAAUGGCUUCAACUCGAUCAGCAACACUCGAUUGAAAGCAACAACAAGCGAUGCAGCUAAUAAUCGCUAUGUGGAUCACUUUGAAGUGACGCCUUUGAUGUCGACCUAUCUCUUGGCAUUUGUUAUCUCCGAGUAUUCCCGAGUACAGGGAGACACAGAGUUGGCUCUAUAUUCACGGCCAGAGUAUAUUAACAAGACAACAUUCAGUUACAAGGUUGGACAACAAGCGCUGGCCGCCUACAAUGAGAUAUUCCAACUGCCAUACCAACAACUGGGAAAUGAUGUACUGCAAUUCACGAGCUCGCCACGUUUUCCCCACAACGGUAUGGAGAACUGGGGUCUUAUCAUUUACAGCGAUGCUGUGCUGGUGCAGGAUGCUGGCUAUACUGACGGCCUCAAGGAUCUGGAGUUCACCACUCGCAUAGUUGUGCAUGAGGUGUCCCAUAUGUGGUUUGGCGACAGUGUCACCUUCUCUUGGUGGAGCUACUUUUGGCUCAACGAAGCCUUUGCCCGUUACUACGAGUACUUCAUGACCCACCAGCUGAGUCCAGAGUAUCAGUUGGAUCAACAGUUCGUUGUGCGACAACUGCAGUUAAUCUUACGCACAGAUGCAGUGGCCAGCACACAACCCAUGACCAGUCUGGAGGCAAAUGUGCAAACUCCUGCUCAGAUUGCCAACAAGUUCAGCAGCAUCGCUUAUGCCAAAGGCGCUAGCAUCGUUCGCAUGUGGCGGAAUAUUAUGGGAGGCGAAAACUUUGAGAAGUCCAUCAACAGCUAUCUAAAAGAAUACCACUUGAAUUCUACCAAGCCCAGCGAUUUGUUUACUCAUCUUAAGGAAAAUUGGCCAGCUCAGCCUGCAGUGGAUUUGGAUGAGUUCUUUACCGACUUCACGGAACAGGAAGGUUAUCCCAUGAUCACAGUGAACUUCACCGAGGAGAAUCACCGAGCUGUGCUAAGGCAGAAACGCUUCUUAUCCAAUCCUGGAGAUGGCAGCAAUGCCACCAUUCUCUACACUAUUCCGAUAACAUUUGCAACGAAUUUGAAGCCCAACUUCCAAAACAUGACGCCUGGCAUUUAUUUCAGAAAGAAUAUAACUCAGGUUCAAUUGAAUUCCCAGAAUGCACUCGACUGGAUCAUACUAAAUGUCCAGCAAUCCAAUUACUAUCGUGUGCUCUACGACACUCCGAUUUUGAACAACAUUCAACUGGCUUUGACUCAGUCUGAUCACAGUUCCAUUGCCGUUGAGAAUCGUGCCCAGCUCAUCGAUGAUCUUUUUAACUUUGCCUAUGCCAAAAUGUUGGAUUACGCCGAGGUCUUCCAGUUUAUUGAGUAUAUGAGCAAGGAAGUCCAUUACAUUCCCUGGUAUGCGGCCUACACUGGCAUGGAGCGUGUGGCAAAGCGUUUAACGCCACAUCAGCUGACAAAUUUCGAGAAAUAUCUGAAGGACAUUACAGCGGCGGUCUACGCAAAGCUAACUGUCAAUUCAAGGGACUACGAUGUUCCGCUGGAUGUGUACAACCGAGAGAUGCAAGUGUCCUGGCGGUGCAAAUAUCAAAAUACCGCUUGCAACAACGAUGUGAAGAUCAGCUUUGAGGGGAACGUGGAACAACCAUCGCCAGACUAUCGUGAAACCUUCUAUUGUGCAGCUGCUCGCACUACGGGCUAUACUCGAGUGCUGGAGUUGUACCAGAAGGAAACAAAUAGUGCUGAGAGGGAUCUGCUUUGGAAAGCGGCCAGCUGCACGAGGGAAUAUCGCAAUCACUACACGACACAGAUACUGGGCAACUCGACAACAGUGGCUCAAAAGACAACAGGUUUGGCGCAGAUGUAUGAACAGAAUCCCAAUUUGAUCAGUGCCAUAUUCUCAAUGAUCACUGAGGAUAUUCAGCUGUUGUAUGCAGCUUUGGGCAGCUGGUCAACCACAGCUGAAGUGCUGAGCGAUUUGGCCGAUUACUUUACAACGACAGAGCAAGAGCAACAAUUCUCCGAAUUCAUAGACAAAAACUCGGCGCUAUUUGGUGAUUCGGCCUUAACAUUGAAGACAGCUCAGAGCACGGUGAGCACAAAUCUGCAAUGGGCAGAUCAGCGUUUGGGUAAAUUAGUCAAUUUUUUGGCAUCAAGAAAUAGCGCCGCUGGACUCACGAUAGCCACAACUUUGCUAAUGCUGAUGUCGACUUUAAUAAGUUUAUUGUUGAAGUAGCCAAUGUUGGCAAAUGUUGAUUCAUUGUAAAUUAAAUUAUAUAGGAUAAUUUGUAAAUACUUUUCUAAUAUCAAUCAAAAUAUACUUUGUACCGAACAACUAUCAAUUG